CCGUGUGUCAGUCAGCCUUUCCUUCUUGAUUCAGUUCCUGGCGAGGAGACACUGUCUUCCCAACGUUCCAAGAUGGGCAAAAACACAUUUCAGUUGGGAGGCCGGGACUGGCCCAAGGUCACAUGGUGGAGGAUGAAGCAUAUGCGAGGGCUUUAUCUCUACCUCUGGGCUGCCAUGCUGACUUCGGCCACCAACGGUUACGACGGAUCUCUGAUCAACAGCUUGCAGAGCAUGGACCAGUGGAAAGACUAUUUCCACGACCCCUCGCCCUCUAUCCUUGGACUGAUCACGGCAUCCUUCUCCAUGGGAUCCAUGCUGGCCAUCCCCUUCGUGCCCUACUGUGCUGAUCUCCUGGGACGUCGAGCCGGCGUCGUGAUCGGCUGCUCUAUCAUGAUCUGCGGAAUUGUGCUGCUCUCCCUGGGCAUCCACGUCGCGCUCUUCAUCGUGGGCCGUCUGCUGCUGGGCUUCGGCAUCGCCAUCGCACACGGCUCUGCGCCCCUCCUCAUCACGGAGCUCGUGCACCCGCAGCACCGCGCCGUCUACACGACCAUCUACAACACCCUUUGGUACCUGGGCUCCCUCAUCGGCGCAUGGGUGUCCUUUGGCACCGACAGCAUCAACGGGAACUGGGCCUGGCGGGCCCCCUGCCUCCUGCAGGCCAUCCCCUCGCUCUUCCAGAUCGUCUUCAUCUGGUUUGUGCCCGAGUCGCCUCGCUGGCUCAUCGCCCACGGGAAGCAGGAGCGCGCCAAGCAGAUCAUGUUCAAGUACCACGCACAGGGCGACCAGAAUGAUGAGCUCGUCAACGUCGAGUUCAACGAGAUCCAGCAGACAAUCGCCCUCGAGCAAGAGUACGAGAAGUCGUCCUGGAGCGAGCUCUGGUCCACGCCAGGAAACCGCCACCGUCUUCUCAUCCUCAUCAGCUUUGGUCUCUUCUCCCAGUGGUCCGGCAACGGUCUUGUCUCGUAUUAUCUCACUGGCGUGCUCAAGACCAUCGGCAUCACCGACUCCAAGACCCAGCUGGAGAUAAACGGGUACCUGUCCAUCGUCCAGCUCGUCUCCGCCGUGGGAAUCUGCUUCUUUGUGGACAAGAUUGGGCGUCGCCCUUUGUUCCUCACGUCCUGCGUCGGCAUGCUCAUCUCGUUUAUCGUCGAGACUAUUGGGUCGGCUGAGUAUGCUAAGCACAAUUCUGAUGGUGCUGGCAAGGCCGUCAUUGUCUUCAUCUUCGUCUUCUACGUCUUCUACAAUCUCGGGUUCUGCGGUCUGCUCGUGUCUUACUCUGCCGAGAUUCUGCCGUACCGCAUCCGUGCCAAGGGUCUCACCGUCAUGAUGUUCUUCGUCGACGUCGCAUUGUGGUUCAACCAAUACGUCAACCCCGUCGCCCUCGGCAACAUCGGCUGGAGGUACUACAUUGUCUACUGCUGCUGGAUCGCCUUUGAGCUGGUCUUUAUCUGGAAGUACUUCAUCGAGACCAAGAACACCCCUCUCGAGGAGAUUGCCAAGUACUUCGAUGGCGACAAUGCCAUUGUGGGUGGUGACGAUGCCACUGCCAAGGCGCGCCAUCUUGCUGGUGAGGACGACGUUGUUGAUGUUGUCUCGGAGAAAGGGGCAACGGGUGUCCAUACUACUGGCGUGUAGAGGAAAGCAAAGAAGCAGAAGAAAACAGAGAAAGAGCUUUAUACCCGCAAGGAGACAGUACUACAGGAUGUAUAGGAAAUGGCUCCAAGUGAGCUUUUGAUGUUCU